CAGACUUUCCGCCGCGGCAAGUGUAAACUUGCACUGCAGGUUACUCGAUUAUCACACCGUAUCAAAAUCAAGGAGUUGAAAGACAACAUUAUAAUGUUGUAGUGCAUUUGGAACAAGAUUUCUUCCGAUGGUCUUGAAGUACUGUAUCAUUGCUGUUAAAACAUCCGUGCCUGUCCUGUACAACACUAGAGCUAGUGAAUUCAUUUGAUCACUCAAAUAAUGUCUUUUUAACUGAUACAUACAAAAACACCAAUAUGUGAUGAUACUUGUCAUUUGACCAUGAACACUUUAAUAAAAAAAAUGAUGUUUUAAAAACAGCAUUGUGUGACAUACAUUUUCAUACUUGUCCUUAAAAACAGCAAUGUGUGACAUACAUUUUCAUACUUGUCCUUCAAAACAGCAAUGUGUGACAUACAUUUUCAUACUUGUUCUUCCACCUUAUUUUAUGUUGCAUUUCAAAAUUCAUUAAUGAUGUUCUGGAUGUGAAUUCACAACAUGGCGUCUGGCAGAAUUGAUCUCGACUCGACAGAACUCUGUUUAAUUGACUCUGGAAUCUGUUCACUGAAGGACGUUCCGCUACGAGCUCACCUGGUGACGCUCAACCUUCACAGCAACUACAUAAAGACGAUCGAGAAUCUCACACGUCUCCGACAACUGCAGCACCUCGACCUGUCGUCCAAUCAGAUAUCGCGCAUCGAGGGCCUCGACGGGUUGGUCUCUCUCCGAACGCUUAAUCUCUCGUGCAAUCUCAUUGUCAGUGUGACAGGAUUGUCGCUCAGGUCUCUGGUGAAAGUAAAUUUGAGCUAUAACCAGAUUGAAGAUUUGAGAGGACUGCAGUCUCUUUCUGGACCUGAGUACAGACUAUCUCAUCUCGAAUGCCAUGGGAACAAGAUCCGCUCUACGGAUAACGUGGUGCAGUCUCUGCGUGGGUGCCACACUCUCAGAAAGUUGGUUCUAAAGCAGGAAGGAUCAGCAAAUCCAGUCUGUCGUCUCAAAGACUAUGAAAGUGCAAUUCUACAGGGUCUACCUCAGCUCCAGUGUCUUGACGGACGAGACCGCAGUGGUCGUCCUUCUUCCAUAUCCGAUGUGUUGGCCGACAUUCCAGGUUUGGAAGAGUACAUGGAUUACCUCAUAUCCAGUGGAAGUUCAGAUCCAAACUUUGAAAAUGUAAUAACUCCUAAAAUUGAUGAAGCGAUCUCAGCAUUUAAGCAUCGUUGCUUGCAGUCACUGGAUACAAGUAACACUGUUUCAUCAACCGACCAUGAAGGCAGUUUGACGCCCACGCGACAGAUUACGUCACAUCGGCCAGGCAAUGUUCAGAAGGAAGAUGUAAGAGUGUCUGCCUGUGAAGAUUACGACGUGCGGUUAGAGUUUUUGGAAAAUCAGUUAUCAGGACUUCUUAAGAAACACCAGCAGCGCCUUGUCAACCUAGAAGCCGAAUCGACAGACAAGACAUCCAGCUCAGCUACCAGCCAGAAACCAGUUACUAAACAUGUCGCUAAGAGAGAUGUAGACGAUACAGAAGAGAGUGGAUCUGACUCUGGGAGAAGGAGAAAGCCGUUGACGAGGAGAACGAAACGGUCCAAACUGCCGAGCUACACGAAGACCACGGUGUCGACCAGGGCCAGGAGAGACGCGGCGUCACCCGUACAAACACAGUCUCCAAGGGUGGCCAAGUCAAAGAAUGUUGUGGAGUCCAGCCAGGAUAGUCUCCCUUUAGGCCCAGCAGCCAUCCAGGUGUCCAGUCUACAAGCAGAUGGUGAGAAGAGAGACGAUAUUGAGUCUACUUACGUGCAACUGAUGAAACAGCUGGAUGAGGAACGAGAACGCAGAUGGAAAGCUGAGCAAGCUGCUCGUAAACUGGCUGACCACAUUAAAACAAUACAGACUAAAGCACAUGAGGAUGGCCAGGCCUGCGAGACGGCUGUUGGUGCCACCGCCCACCUCAAGACAUUGCUGAUGAACGAACGUGAGGCCAAGAUCCGGCUACUCGAAGAAAACGAAAGUCUGAAGGAGCGACUAGAUGACCUACAGAUUCAGCUGUCCCGGAGUCGAGAGUCCGAAGGCUCCCUGAAGCAGACGCUAAAGAUCCUUGAAGAAACCAUCGGCAAGCACGAGAGAGAUGACCUGCAGCAACAGGCACACGAGCACAAGAAGCUGCAAGAAGCCCAGAUGAAGUACGCUGCCAUGACUCGUGAGGCGGAGAUGUUGCGUCACUCAGUGACCUCGCUCAAAGGUCAGCUGCAGCAGCUACAGGAACUGCUGGCGGCGAGGGAGCAGCAGCACAGAGAAGAUCUUGGGAAGUGGGUCAGCCUCGGCAGUCGUGAGAUGCAGGAGGCUGUGCAGAGAGAGACGCAUCUAUUGGAGAAACAGCACACACAGGAAAUGACAUCACUGCAGCAGAAGAUUGAUCAAUUGACUGAGCAGUACAGCGAGCUUGAGAAUGAAUUCCGCAUGGCUCUUCAAAUCGAAGCUAACAGAUUUACUGAAGUACAAGAUGCCUUCCAGUCAAUGAGUGAUGAGUUCCUACACAACAAGCUCACUCUAGAGGAAACGCUGAAGAAGAACGAAAACUCGUCGACCAUUAUUUCUGAACUAACUGCUCUUGUCAAAGAACAAAAGGGACGAAUAACAGAACUUUCUAAAGCAAAGCGUGAACAGAGCUCCGAGUACAGGGAACGUGUUGCAUCUCUGGAAGCUCACGUUGACGAGGCAAGGAAAAGAAUGGUGCAGUUUGAACUCCUUAAGAAGGAGAAGUCCAAGCUGUCUGCCCAUGUACAGGCUCUGGAGUCGGUCAUUGAAGGACUGAAGGCAGAAAGAAAACUCUGGGGUCAGGAGCUGGCGCAUCAAGGAGCUUCCCUGGCUCAAGACCGAGGUCGAUUGGAGUCGAAGAUAGAAAGUUCACAGUUUGAAAUCUCCACUCUGAAAAAACAGUUGGAGAAAGAGACGGAUGCUGUGAGAAUUAAGAGCAAGAUGAUAGACGACCAGACCGAGACUAUUCGCAACUUGAAAGAGGGUCUGCUGGAGAGGGACGGGGAAGUAAAGAAAGCUCGCAACGAGGGUCUCAAGAUCCACCGAGACCUGGAGGAACAGCUGGCAGAAGAGAGGACAGCACGUCAGGAUGCCGAGGAAAUGGUGGAGCGACUGCGGGAACGUAAAGAUGAACUGAAGCAGCAGGUUGCAGAUCUCAAGUCGGACUUGGAGGAGUCGAUAAAAGCUCAUGAAAUUCUGAAUUCUCGUUGGAAGGAAAAGUCUUCUUUGAUUGGUCAGCUGGAAUAUCAGGUGACACAGAUGAAGGAGACCUGGGAAGAGAAGGAACAGAAACUAUCGAGAGAGAGGGACAAGGCAAUCGAGGCUGCAAAUUUGGCUAUAGAGAAACUGAGAAGCAUGGAUGAUGCUUUCCGCAAACAGCUGGAUGCAAAAGAGAAAGCUUUUCAGGAAAAGAUAACUCAACUACAAGAUGAGAAACGACACCAGGUGGAAGAAGCAAAUCAGCGGGUUGCGAUAGUAGAAGACGAAAUGAGAGAACUCUUGCAUGAAAAUGAAAUGACAAAGAAAACAAUGGAAGAGAAGUUGAAGCAUAUGUCCUGCACCUUGGCAGAUCUCCAAUCAAAUCUCAUCUAACAUUUAAAUCCAGAUUUCUCAUCCAAUCAAAUUGCAUGUUGCCUCUAAACCCAGAUAUCCUAUCCAAUCAGAUAUUCUGUAAUACAGAUCGGCAUGAAUCUAAGUAUAUUUCUUCUAAUAUCUGAAUCCAGAGUUCCAGUCAGUUCUCUUAUAUAAUGAAAAUAUCAUUAUCAGAUCUACUGUGGUGUUCUAGUCUUAAUGGUUCAGUGGUCACAAAACUGUUAAGCAGUGUUCUCUUUAUGUAAUGUUUUUUAUACGGACGUCGCAUGCGAUUUGUCGUGAGAAAUAGGACAUGUUCUAAUAGGUAGUACUCCGACAUGACUUGUUGUUCCAAGUUAGGUAUUCCCACGGUACGAUUCGAUCGCAAGUAACAAGUCGGUGUGACUAUCGCAUAAUGAGAAUGCCCCUUUUGAUGCUGGGUUCUUAUCUCAGUGCUGGCUUCAGUCAAGAGUUCCCUGCUCAUUGAGAAGUCCGUUAACCUGACAGGUAUGCUCUUGUCCUUGAUAGAGAGCUACCGGCCUCCGUGGUAUAGUGGUUAAGCCAUCGGAUAUAAGGCUGGUAGGUACAGGGUUCGCAGCCCGGUACCAACUCGCAUACAGAACAAGUUUUAACAACUCAAUGGUGUAAGACCACUACACACUCUUCUC